AUGCCGAAAUCCAAACGCGCCAAAGUAAUCCACACCUCCGUCGUGCAAAAGAAGCCCUCCAAAGAAAAGUCCCUCUCCCUCUACACCGCCGUGCAAUCCGCCGUCGACGAGCACGCCCACCUCUUCGUCUUCUCCGUCGAAAACAUGCGCAACACCUACCUCAAAGACGUCCGGCAACACUUCUCGUCCGACUCGCGACUCUUCUUCGGGAAAACCAAAGUCAUGGCGAAGGCGCUGGGGACCACGCCCGAGGACGAGCAUGCGCCGGGAUUGGGCAAGUUAAGCGGGUAUUUGAAGGGGAGUGUUGGGCUGCUGUGUACGAACCGGGCGCCGCAGGAGGUGUUGGAGUUUUUUGAGGGGUUUGUGGAGGUGGACUUUGCGAGGGCGGGGGUUGCUGCUACGAGGACGAUGACGGUGCCGGCGGGCGUGGUGUACAGCAGGGCUGGGGAGGUUCCGGUCGAGGAUGAUGUGCCGCUGCCGCAUUCGCUGGAGGUGACGGUGAGGAAGUGGGGCAUGCCGACGAGGUUGGAGAAGGGGAAGGUGAUGCUCGAUCAAGAGUAUGUGAUUUGUGAGGAGGGCAAGGAGAUGAACAGUCACCAGACGGCGCUGCUGAAGCUGUUUGGGAUCGCGUUGGCGGAGUUCAAGGUCGACAUUCGGGCAUACUGGAGUGCGGCUACGCAGGAGGUGACUGAGGUGUCGCAAGCAGAUGCAGGAGCUAUGGAGGAGGGUUGA